UUUUUUUGCUGUCAAUUAAAUGCAAGUAUUAAUUUAGCAUGUGGUUUUGCAAAGAGGAGGGAAGUGAUGUGAAGAUGAGCUUGAAACAAAACCAACAAUCACUCAGAAAACCACAGCUCAGUUUCCUUAAAAAGGUCAGAGCUUUUCGGCACUUGAAGCUUCUCGGCAAUCUCCUCCAAGCAGCAGCCAUAAAAGGGUCAAUUCCUUUUGUGAUCAGAAAACAGGAAGCUUGCACAAUCCUUUCAUGGGACUGGAUGAGCAAAGAAAGUCACAACUUGGAGCUGAUGAAUGCUGGAGUUUCCGUACACAGAAAGAUGGUAUUCUGUUUUAAGAAGAAGCGCGUUCUCCUUGGUUCCCUUGGCUCGCUUUGCUCCUUUUGCUUCCUGUGCGCUUUGAUGAGAUGGCCGAGGCCAAACCAAUACUCUGCUUACAAACCCAGCAAAAAGAUCGUGACCAUCCUGCUGUGGCACUGGCCCUUUGGGCGCUCAAUGAGUCUGAAGGGAGAUGUGUGCUGGGAUCUCUACCAAAUUCCUCACUGUACACUGGUGGAUCAGCGGUCUUACUUCCCAGCAGCUGAUGUCGUGGUCUUCCACAACAAAGAACUGAUUCAGGGGUUGCAGAAGCUGCCCACUGAUCUCCCACGACCWCCGGCCCAGAGGUGGGCAUGGAUGUCUCUGGAGUCACCUGACCAUAACGGAGACUUGCGGAAGUUUGCAAAUGUCUUCAACAUGACUGUGUCCUACAGGAGGGAUGCUGACGUCACAAUACCGUACGGUGAGCUGCUACCUGUGGAGCUUGACGAACACCUGGUGGAAGAUAAGUUCGUGAACAAGAGCUUCUUGGUCUGUUGGGUGGUCAGCAACUACAUGAGCCGCCACAAACGAAGCCAAGUGUACAAAGAGCUCAAAGCCAUAGUUCCUGUCAAGGUGUACGGCCGUUGGACGAGGACACCUCUCUACCCUGAAGAACUCCUACCGACAAUCUCACGCUGCUACUUUUAUUUAGCUUUUGAGAACUCAGUGGCCAAAGAUUACAUCACAGAGAAGUUGUGGAAAAAUUCUUACCAAGGCGGGGCUGUGCCCAUCGUACUGGGACCACCAAUCAGGGAUUACAAAGAAGUGGCUCCAAAUCAUUCUUUUAUCCACGUCGAUCAGUUUGCUUCAGUGAAAGAACUGGGAACGCACCUCCAACAGCUGGCAAAGGACAAGAGGCGAUACGCUGAAUAUUUUGAGUGGAAGAAGCACUGGAAGGUGAAACUUUACACCGACUGGAGGGAAAGACUGUGCAAGAUCUGCUUAAUGUACGACCACUUACCUCAGCACAGGGUUUACUCAGAUCUACAAGGUUGGUAAAAAUAAUACUGUAAAAAUACUGUAGGCUGUUUGAUUUGUAAAUUUUUUUACACAUAUUUUAACACG